AUGGAGGAGGUCAAGGCGCUUAUUUACUCGAGCAAAGUCUUUAAUGAAGACACUGUGACCAAAGAGAUUGAAUGGUUUUACGGUCCUUUAGGUAUCCAUGACUUUUACUUCAUGGGUCAGUCUCCGGAAGUAAUUGCGCAUCAUAUUCAGAGCCUUAUUGCCGCCAAGCUCAUGUCCAAAGCCUCGAACCGCCCUGAUGUCAAGCUUGAGCAAGAGAGUGACAAUGGAGCCUUCUUUUCGGUGCUAAGCAAUGUUGUGGGUAGUAGCAACGAGCCAAGUCGUCGUGCUGCUCGCUAUGACGCUGGCAUCACCGAGACUGAGGUAUUGGAGCGCCGUCUCGAGAAACAGUAUUUCAGCGGCUCCAGUGGUGUCAUUGGUGACGGUGUCAAAGCCGGCUAUCAAUACCUAGAGAGGGCAGAAGCUACUAAAAAGCGCACCUACCGUAUGCAAUGUUACCGAUCAAAAGGCGUGCUAGACCCUCUUUCAGUGCCUUAUCACGUGCGUAUGUAUUUCUUACAAGAACCAACCUUUGUCGAUCCGAACACGAGCGAGAACGAGACUAACAUCAACAAAGUGGCUGACAAAGUCUUCCUCGAGCGCUCUGGUCCGCACCUAAAGGAGGUCUAUCAAGAGUGCAUUAUCAAGGCUAUGGACCAAAUGACCCCUGCUUUCCACUCUGAAAUCUGGACUGAGUCUGACGGCUCCAAAAUGGCUCGUCUUGCUAUUGCUUAUCGUAGCGGUGCCACACACUCGUACUUUUCCAGUAUUGCCGACGUUUACCGCCAGCAUGGUCUCUUCUCACAGCGCAAGUACGCCGAGUUUUUUGCCAAUGGUAUUGUCAUUUACACCUUUUACUUGCAAAUGCUCGACAAACCCACGGCCGGAAAGGGUUCGUUUGAGGACCGUCUCAGCGCAGCUAUGAAUGACGCCUCAAUGCACUUUACGCUGCCUCGCACGUCGCUGACACCCAUGCUUACCGAUGGUCUGCUGACUCCGCAGCAGAUUGCGUACGCGUACGCGGCUUGGAAGUUCACAUUUCAUUUCAUGCACCGCCUGCCCGAGUCAUUCGCCAUUGUGAGCAAGUCGUUACGUGACCGCGAUCCAAACGCAUUUGCCCGUCUUGAACAGCUUCGCGCCACCAUGAAGCUCAACACAUAUACCGAGUCACAGAUUCUUGACCACAUUCUAAGCUCGGCCGAGAUUGUCAAGAUACUUUACGCUGAGUUCCAGGCCCUACACGAGCCGAUCAAGGAUGGUAAGCGUGCCGAAAUGAACACCGGCGUUACGCUUUCGAUGUUGCGCAAGUCCAUUGUAGCCGAGCAGGCUCUGCAAAUUUUCUCUCUAUUCCACGUGUUUAACAAACACAUUAAAAAGACAAACUUUUUUGCCAACGACAAGGCUGCUCUCGCUUUCCGCCUUGACGGCAAGUUCCUGAGCAAGACUGAGUUUCCAGAUGAGCCGUACGCCGUUAUCUUCGUGAUCGGCUCAGAGUUCCGUGGCUUCCACGUUCGUUUCCUGGACGUUGCUCGUGGUGGCAUUCGAAUGAUUCGCUCGUCGCAUGCGCAAGUAUACCUGAACAAUGCUUCGUCACUCUUCGACGAGUGCUACGGUCUUGCCUCGACGCAGCACCGCAAGAACAAGGACAUUCCAGAAGGUGGUUCCAAGGGUGUUGUGUUGCUCAAUCAAGCUCACCAGGACAAGGCCGAUGUUGCCUUCCGCAAGUACAUCGACGCUGUGCUCGACCUUAUGCUCAUGAAAGAGCCUGAAGAGGAUAUUCUGUUCUUAGGUCCUGAUGAAGGUACGGCACAUCUCAUGGACUGGGCCAGCUCGCACGCUAAGCAGCGUGGUUACUCAUACUGGAAGGCUAUCACGACGGGCAAGUCGGCUUCGCGUGGUGGUAUUCCGCACGACAUGUACGGCAUGACUACCCACAGUGUGCGCGAGUACGUGAUUGGCAUUCAGCGCAAGCUGCAGCUUCAGGCGCCUAUCACUAAGGUACAGACUGGUGGCCCUGACGGUGACCUUGGCAGCAACGAAAUUAAGAUGAGCCCGCAGGAGGAGACCAUCGCCGUCGUGGACGGUUCAGGUGUAUUGUAUGACCCCAAGGGCAUCAACCGCGAGUGUCUUGUAAAGCUUGCUGAUGAACGUAGCCCAAUCUCGGCAUUCGACACGAGCAAGCUGUCUUCGGAAGGGUACUCGGUGCUUGUUUCACACAACGAUGUCACGCUUCCCAACGGCGAAGUAGUGGAGAACGGUACAGAGUUUCGCAACUUCUUCCAUUUGCGCCCGAGCUUGACGGCUGACUUUUUCGUGCCGUGCGGUGGUCGUCCUGCUGCUGUAAAUCUGAACAACGUUGAGCAGUUCAUGUACCGCGAAGAUGGUCGCACGCUUCGUUUCAAGUACAUUGUAGAGGGUGCAAAUCUAUUUUUCACACAGGAUGCCCGUUCUCGUCUAGAAGAUGCCGGUGUGAUCCUGUUCAAGGAUGCUUCGGCCAAUAAAGGUGGUGUCACGUCGUCGUCUCUCGAAGUACUGGCUGCUCUGUCCAUGACGGAUGAAGAGUUUGCGGAGCAUAUGCAAGUUGACGAAGCAACUGGUAAACCUCCAGCAUUUUAUGCCAACUACGUAAGCGAAGUGCAAAAGCGUAUUGACCUGAAUGCGCAGCGUGAAUUUGAGUGUAUUUGGCGUGAACACAAACGAUCAGGCACCUACUAUUCCGUCCUGACGAAUCAACUUAGUGAACGCAUUACGGACUUGAGUAGCAAAAUUCAACACUCGACACUUUGGGAGAAUGCGCCAUUGCGUAACAAGAUCUUUGCCGAUGGGUUUCCAGAAAUUCUAUUGCGCAAGACUUGUAUGGAAGAGCUACUUGAGCGUUUACCGGAGAGUUAUACGCGUGCUUUCUUUGCAUCACAGCUUGCUAGCCGCUUCAUUUAUAGCGUUGGUCUAGGUGCGCCCGAGUUUGCAUUCUACGAGUUCAUUCAGGAGCUUAUUGGAGACAACUAA